AUGUAUUUCAUCAUUCCAAACAUUAUCAGAAGAGUAUUAACAAUUAUUCGCACGGAGCAUUUUAAACAGCUAUACCUGUACAACAACAACUAUGUUGACAAUUUGAACAAAAAUAACAAUUUUCUUUUCGACAAAAAUACAAACAAAUGCAUCAACAGUAAGUACGUUUACGAAAGAGAAGUAAAAAAUUUCGAGCAAUCAUUUUCAUUUUAUUUCGAAAACAAUAGCAAAAAAAAUACUUAUCACAUUCCUGCGACCAACACCUUGAGACAUUCAAUAAUUGAAGGGAUUACUGAACUAAUUGCAGACAUUGAUACUUCUUGGGGGGAGACAGAACAAAGAACUUCGUACGAUUUAUUUAUGGAAAAUGAUGUCAUUUUAACGAUGGAUGGAAUUUCAGUCAUUGUUGUGGGGGGAGAUAUUAACCGAAAUGGAUUUCGAAUGGCACAGUUACUAAGUGAAGAUGGAGUGGACACUACGUACAUUUCCGACUCAGCCGUUUUUGCGGUUAUACCAAAAGUGACCAAGGUUGUUCUUGGCUCAGUCGCCGUUUCCUCCUCCGGGGGAGUAAUCACCAAAAUUGGGGGUUAUAAUAUAGCGUGUUCAGCUCAGUUUAAUUCGAAGCCUGUAACUAUCGUGUUGCCAUUAUUUAAAUUAAUUAAUGACCCCUUUUAUGACCCAAUCAGACAAAAUGAACUUCAGCCAGGCCCAUCCAUGAUUUACAACGACGCCGAUAAUUUGUAUGUACGCAUACCCAAGUAUGAUUACAUUCCUGAACAUUUGAUAACUCUGUACAUCACGGAAAUUGGCCCUGUCGACUCCUUCCAGUUGUACAAUAUUACUAAGCGGACGUACCACCCGGAUGAUUUGGACCUGAGUUUCGACUGA